AUAUCUGAUCGCAACCACGAGUUGCUGAACGUGUGCACAGUGGCGCAUACGAUACAUACGCGAUCUUAUACAUCGACGCAUCUCACGCACCUCUCAUUGCUACUAGACUUAUUAUCAUUUCCACUUGCAAUCACGAAUUCCGCUUCACUAUGCCUAGCUGGACCAUCAUCCCGCCAACCAUGGAAGACCUUGAUCAGUAUUAUUGUCACCCAAUGAUUGUGAAAUUAUUUCGUAUCAUGAGGACCGUUUACGGACUUCUGGAUCCGCAAAAUGAACCGUCGGGGAUCCAUGAAGGAAAACAUACCGCAACAUUUGGUUAUGAAGAUUCAGAAGAAACCAGUGAAUCUUCUGUAUUAUCAAGCCUUUUCAUCCAUUUUGGUCUAUCCAACCAGACCUCUCCACGCUUUGCUAUCAUAUUACCGUCUAUGCAAAUCGAGGACUUGAUACAAGGAUCACGUAUACCCGUCCCGCCUGAGCUUGUGCCAACCGUGACAGACAUCUGCGAUUUCGCCGUUGUGAGGUCUCAGUUUACCCCAGAUCCAAAUGACCCAGAAUACGACAUAGAUUCCGGAUACGGAAUAGACGAACCAGAGAGCUACCCUGCGGGUCAGGUGUGGGAACGAGUUCAAAUGCAGAAAUUUCACGAGCUUCUUAUGAAUACAGGCCUUAUCGAGAGCACAGACCCUCGACACAGUCAUCGAUGUGAUCUUUGUCGAUCGGACCUUCUCCAAUGCAAGGUUUGUCUGAAAGUUAUGUGUCCUGCGCGCAACUGCGUUGCAUUUCCUUUGUCUUGCAUGCGCUGGCGGCCAUGUGCUGCAGGACACCGCUGCUGGUACAGCGACAUCUGUAUCGAUUGUGUCGUCGUCGGCACAACCUGUCUAUGCGAGGAAACCUGGACGUGCGACCUCUGCACAGAAAAAGGCGGCUUCUUUUUACGUUGUCUUCGCUGCAACAGGCCAUUUUGCGAUGGAUGCUCGUACCUUGUGGGAUGUCGCGGCUGUAGAGCCUCGAACCUCUGCCACGACUGUGCCGAAGAAGCCCCAGAGGAUGUAGCAAAGGAAAAAUACGUGGAACUCGUCGGUCCGUGCACCAAAUGUAAAACUCCAGUCUGUAAACCCUGCGCGACGGCAGCGGCGGCGGGCACGUAUGUUCACAUCGCUGUCGUUAGUUUCUCGACGGGGUGUGAUUGUAUCAAGUCGUAUAAAUAACGGGGCAACAGCCCAAGGUUGCUGUUGGCUGGGAUUUGUACUUGCAGCCUUGAACCAGAAGAAUACAAAGUGUCGGAAUGC